AUAACUUAUUUUAGUGCUCCAGGAGUUCGAUGGUUGGUCUACCUAAUGAUACGCAGACCACGCAAUGUUGUUAUUCUUGUAUUGGUUCUACUUGCAGGCUUCCAUCUAAUUCUCUUUGUAUCUCAAAACUAUCGUCUUACCAUUAGCACUGGAGAUCAACAAGCCAGUCCUAAAUGGGAAGACAACCUCUCCUUCCCCACCUUCACAGCACACGAUGACAACGAGCACACUGUUCAGACUCUAACAGAGUACGAACAGGAGGCUGUCACUAGAGACAAGGUGUCUGGUACUUCUCCUGAAGAUAAGGAGGAGGAGGAGGAGCCGUCUAGUGAUUAUCAUGAGCAUAAGUUCGAACGUCCUCCUGAUAACACAGUUGAGGAAGUGUUCGGAAGCGAUAUAAUUAAAGACGAAAAGAGCAACUAUUUAAUUCAGAAACCCUACCUCAAGAAAGGGGUUAACCCGUAUGAUGGUCGACCUGAACUUCUUCCCAGAAGCGAAGGUAUCAACAAAUACACCGCAUUUGGAAACCCUGAUAAGCUAUACUGCGAUGCUGAAUACUGCUACGCUAAUGAAAGAAAAAUUAAAAAAGAGAUAAUUAAAGAGACACCGGAAGAUAUGUUCACAUUCCUACCUCCCCAGAAACAGUUCAUGAAGGAGUUCCGUAACCCUUGCUGGAAAGGGAAAGACCUUCUGGGCGAAGAUAAAUUAUUUUGUAUUCCCUACUUCUAUAUUAUCGGCUUCACUAAGUGUGGAACCACUGACCUAUUUGCGAUACUGAAAAACCACACUCACGUUUCCUCACGAUCUGGAAAAGAGACCCACUACUUUGACAGACUCCGAAGAGGACGCAUUAUUAGGAUGAACAGAAAACCAACCAGACUUCCCGUGUCGUUCCUUUCGUGGACAAACGGGGGAAAAUUCAGACAGAACCUCCUUUCUACUUACAGAAAAGAUAACGACAGUGACGUCCUGUUUCAUGGAAUCACGAUGGACGCAACCCCCUCAGCAGUUUGGGAUAACGAGUUUUGGGAGGUGUUUCAUCCUGGAUACAGGGAACCUCCGGUUACUAACCCUGAUGUUAUUGCCACUAUUAACCCUGACACUAGAAUUAUAUUAUCCCUCAGAAACCCAAUUAGCAGAAUGCAGUCCGCGUACCAGUUUUUCUGCGCGUUCCGUGUGUACGCAUGUGACAAGCCGGUCACACCGGAGAAAUUCCACAAUUUAGUGGGAGAAGCAGUUAAAAUGUUCCGCGAUUGCCGGAAGACUAACACAGAUCGAGGCUGCGUGUACAGCACCGAAUCUCAUCAACUUGCGACUCAUCUAUACGCGAGUAUUUACUCCGUGUACGUUGCUGACUGGCUGAAAGUCUUCCCACGGGAACAGAUUCACGUUAUGAUGUUCGAGGAGCAUAUUAGUGACGAGAUCGCUUCUAUUAAUGGCGUCUGUGAUUUCUUAGGAAUAUCACGGUUCCCAGUGGACUACAUGAAGACCUACCUCGAGCAGCAUAAAGUCAGAAAUUCACUCCGCGACUCCGCUCGAAUACCCUAUAUACUCCCUGAAACUAAAAAUCUUCUCAAAGAUUUCUUUAAGCCGUUCUUAGACGAUCUGGUGGAAAUGUUAGGAGAUAAGAAAUGGUACUGGAAACUCUACGAGUAACAUUCCAGAACCUUCCACCACCACCAGCUCCCUUUUUAUCACAGUCCAGCAACACAGUCUAACAGUCCGUAUGACUGUAUGAGUCCUGAAACCUGACUAGGAUAGGUACCGCUGCAGUUAUUGUUUUUUGCCGCUGGGCGGCUCAACUAAAGUUUUGGUUACCAAAUAAGUGUGGACUUCACGACUGAUGUCAUCUCUCCUGGUGCAUUGUGUGGUCGCCCUUAGUUGCCGUGGUAACAUCUGUAUCCCUUUGUUGACUACAAGAACAAGGCCCUCGUUCAGUUUAUCAGAUUAAAUGUUAAUCAAACUGGCCUAUUGCUGUUUCGGGGAUAUAUUAUAAUUAUGUACUAAAUGCUUUUUUUUCGAUUCUUUAAUCAUUUCUGUUUAUUUUUCUACGGGUUAUUUCAGCCAUAUUUCAAACAAAUUCCUUUUCUAUAGCCGAGAAGGCGAGAAACACUCUAUUUAUUCUGAAAGCUAGAGAUGUAAAUAAUUUGAUAAGGUGACUUGAUUUUAACCAACUUUGUUAUUUAAGUCUAAAGCUAAAAUUUCUUGAUCGACGAUUUGGGUGCAUGCAAUGAUUAAACAAGAGUGAAGAGAUUGGUGGUUGAUUUCCGCUUUAGUUUGUUAACUUUUUGCGGUUAUCUUUGUGCGAAAACGUAGGUCACGGGAAAUAUUUAUCAAUUUGAAAAUUGAUGCUUAUUUAAUUAACACUAAUAAAAGGGACCGUUCACAUAAAUCGUCUGAAUCCUAGCGGGUCAAGAGGUUCGAGUUGGCAGACAUUUUGAUGCUAAUAUAAUUUUUACAGAACAUGUAGGUGUACGCUUGCUGAAGGGCGGGAGUCUAAGAUAUUCAAAAUCUCACUGAAGUAAUACGUGAACGGUUUCUUAUUGGAAAAACAUAAACUUCAUUAUUUAUCAUUUAUACUCCUAGUUUUAGUUUAGUUGUAACUGUUUCUGUAAAUUUAAGCUGUACAACGAUUUUUUUACAAAGUUAGUUGAAAUGUGGAAGAUUUUAAAAUGCUGCUUUCUAGCUAACAUUAAAUUAGGUGUUAGGGGUGAUUUCAUUUCUUAAUGCUAGGUUAUGUUUCGCAAUUCAGCCAUUGAAUAAUGAAUAAUGGAUGAUGGAAUAAUUUUAUUUCUAUUUCAAUUGCUGAUUUGUGAAAAGCAUAAUAUUUCAAUUUGGUUUAUACUUGAAGA